AUGGAUGCACCAACACUAGAACUCAUGUCUGCAUUGGCAUCACUGUUUGAGAGCGGCAAAUAUGCAGAUCUGACCAUAGUCUGUGGAGCAAAAAGAUAUUCGGUCCAUCGAGCUUUGCUUGCGACCCGAUCAACAUUCUUCGAGGGGGCAUGCCGCAGCGGAUUCCGAGAGGCAGAAUCUGGCAUCAUUGACCUCACCGAGGAGGACGCUGAAGCCGUGGACCACAUGGUUCACUACUUUUACCACAAUGAUUAUUUGACCAGAUCAAUGUCUCGCUGGUCUUCACGUCGGUCUUCUCUGUCUAAUUCGCCGAUUUCCAUGCGACCAAUGAAACGUCCCACCCCAAAGAAGCUCAACUUUGCCCUAUUGGAGGAUCCGUUGCUGGCUCAGGCCAAUGCCACUAACACCGCACCCAUCACUGCUCCUGCAGGUGAACCAGAAUUUCAAAAUUUGGAUCUUUCUUCCAAAAAUUCCGAUAUGCCGACGACCGAUAAUAUUACGGAUGACGAUACAGAGAGUGUUGGGUCGGAGCCCGAAAGCGAAAUCGAAUCGUCGCAUCUGAUUACACACGCCAAGGUGUAUGCGAUCGCCGAGAAGUAUGGCAUAACAGGACUGAAAGCGCUAUCACGCCAAAAAUUCGCCGAUCAGAUCGAUUUGCAUAUGAGCAGCCCGGACUUCGCAGAAGCCUGCCAAGAGGCGUACGAAAGCACAUAUCACACAGAUCGAGGUCUGCGGGACGUCAUUAUCCAGGCUUUCCGCUCGAACCCAGACCUGUCUCUCCGCCCAGAUGUUGGCAUGGCCGUCAGAGAGACCCCAGGUCUUGCAUGGGAGCUGUAUCAAAUGGCAAGCGGCCUUCCUGUCACUUCAUGA